UUGUUUUCUCCACACAAGUUCUUUGCCACUUAGCUAACUGCUACUACUACUGCAGUACUGCUUCUUUUCACAGGAAAUUUGACAAACAUCAAAAAUGGAAUUCAUUUCUUUCUUCUUUUCUCUAUCUUUUGCCUCAGUUUUAUUCAUCUUUCUCUUUCAUUAUCUCCUCAAAUUCUUUGAUUCCAACAAUCAUAGGAAUUUGCCUCUCCCUCCUGGCUCAUUGGGCUGGCCUUACAUUGGCGAAACCUUCCAACUCUACUCUCAGAACCCAAAUGUCUUCUUUGCCUCUAAACAGAAGAGGUAUGGCUCUGUAUUCAAGACCCACAUCUUGGGUUGUCCCUGUGUUAUGAUUUCAAGCCCAGAAGCUGCAAAAUUCGUACUCGUAUCAAGAGCUCAUCUCUUUAAGCCAACGUUUCCAGCAAGUAAAGAAAGGAUGUUAGGCAAACAAGCCAUCUUCUUUCACCAAGGAGACUACCAUGCCAAGUUGAGAAAACUUGUUCUUCGUGCUUUUGUACCUGAAGCAAUCAAAAGCAUUGUCUGUGAUAUUGAAUCCAUUGCUAUUGACUCUCUUAAAUCUUGGGAAGGAAGAAUUAUAAACACUUUUCAAGAAAUGAAAACAUACUCGUUCAACGUUGCACUACUUUCAAUAUUUGGAAAAGAUGAGUUUCUAUACAGAGAAGAUCUGAAAAGAUGUUACUACAUUCUUGAGAAGGGAUACAAUUCAAUGCCCAUUAAUCUACCAGGGACACUCUUCAACAAAUCCAUGAAAGCAAGAAAAGAGCUAGCUCAGAUCCUGGCCAAAAUUCUCUCCACCAGGAGGCAAAUGAAGCUUCAGCAAAACGACCUGCUUGGAUCUUUCAUGGGUGACAAAGAAGGCCUCAGUGAUGAACAAAUUGCCGAUAAUAUAAUUGGUGUCAUCUUCGCAGCUCGUGACACAACAGCUAGUGUUCUAACAUGGAUUCUCAAGUACCUUGGAGAAAACCCCAGUGUCCUUCAAGCUGUCACUGAAGAGCAAGAGAAGAUAGUAGCAAGUAAAGAGAAGUGUGGUGAAGAGAAGCUUCUCACUUGGGCAGAUACCAAGAAGAUGCCAAUUACUUCAAGGGUUAUUCAAGAGACACUCAGAGUUGCGUCAAUUUUGUCUUUUACUUUCAGAGAGGCUGUUGAGGAUGUUGAGUAUGAAGGAUAUUUGAUUCCAAAAGGAUGGAAAGUAUUGCCACUUUUUAGAAACAUUCACCAUAGCCCAGAAAGUUUUCCGGAUCCUGAAAAGUUUGAUCCUUCAAGAUUUGAGGUGGCACCAAAGCCCAAUACUUUCAUGCCAUUUGGAAAUGGGACCCACUCAUGUCCUGGGAAUGAAUUAGCUAAGCUGGAGAUUUUGGUCCUCCUCCAUCAUCUUACCACUAAGUACAGAUGGUCUAUGGUGGGAACCGACAAUGGGAUUCAGUAUGGCCCUUUUGCCCUUCCCCAGAAUGGUUUGCCCAUCAAAUUGUCCCAGAAAUCAUAAGCUUUGCUCUCCAACUCCCAAGAGAGGAAAAGUCCUCUUUCUUUUAUAUGGGCUUUCUUCAUUGCUCAAAGGAAUGAUGAAGAGAGAGAGAGACACACACAGACUAAACAAAGACUUAUUUAGGAUCUUUAAGACAGGCUGUUAUACAAAAAGAGAAGUCAAUUGUAUAGAAAAGUCUCAUACCCAGACAAAAGCAUAUGUUUUAUGUUCUUUUAUUUUAUUUUAUUAUUUUUUUUUAUGAUUUAGAGUGGAAGAAAUAUAAAAAAAUGGGAGAUUAGUGUAAGAUGCAAAUGGGUCCAAUCCCAAAUUGGGAUUAUUUUGUAUUAAGUAUAUGUAGAUUAGAGCCGCAAGGCAAAAUCAGAAAAGUCUGAUUCAAUGAAGGGAAUUGUACUAAUAAGUUCUAAUUUAAUAAUAUCCAAAAAAUAACUUUAUCA